AUGGAAGAAAUCGGUAUUAUAUUGCCGGAGAAGGAUGACCAAGUCACCGAUGCUAAAGGAUUGCCCUUUGCUGGACCUCAAUCUUUUGAUGAACUGGAAUCCGAAGAUCUCUACACAAAAUAUAAGAAACUGCAGCGUAUGUUAGAAUUCUUGGAAGUGCAAGAGGAAUAUAUAAAAGAUGAACAAAGAAAUUUGAAAAAAGAAUAUCUGCAUGCCCAAGAAGAAGUGAAGCGUAUACAGUCUGUGCCACUUGUUAUUGGCCAGUUCCUUGAAGCAGUCGACCAAAAUACUGGAAUAGUUGGCAGUACUACAGGAUCCAACUACUAUGUCCGUAUCUUGUCCACCAUUGACCGAGAACUGUUGAAGCCAUCUGCAUCUGUGGCUCUGCACAAGCACUCCAAUGCACUUGUGGAUGUAUUGCCACCAGAAGCUGACAGCUCUAUCUCUAUGUUGCAAGCUGAUGAGAAACCUGAUGUUCAGUAUUCAGACAUUGGAGGUAUGGACACACAGAAACAGGAGAUCAGAGAGGCUGUGGAGCUGCCCCUGACACAUGUGGAGCUUUACAGACAGAUUGGUAUUGAACCCCCUCGUGGUGUGCUCAUGUAUGGUCCUCCUGGAUGCGGCAAAACUAUGUUGGCUAAAGCUGUAGCUCAUCAUACUACCGCGGCGUUUAUUCGCGUGGUGGGUUCUGAAUUCGUACAGAAGUACCUCGGUGAAGGACCGCGUAUGGUGCGAGAUGUCUUCCGUCUAGCUAAAGAGAAUAGCCCUGCUAUCAUUUUCAUUGAUGAAAUUGAUGCUAUUGCCACUAAACGAUUUGAUGCACAGACUGGUGCAGACAGAGAAGUCCAGAGAAUUUUACUGGAACUGCUGAACCAGAUGGACGGUUUUGAUCAAACCACUAACGUAAAGGUAAUCAUGGCCACAAAUCGUGCCGACACAUUGGACCCUGCCCUCCUCAGACCUGGUCGUCUUGACAGGAAGAUUGAAUUCCCACUUCCUGACAGGCGUCAAAAGCGACUUAUCUUCUCGACGAUCACAGCUAAAAUGAACUUGUCGGAAGAGGUGGAUCUAGAAGAGUUUGUAGCGCGGCCGGACCGCGUCUCUGGUGCUGACAUCAACGCUAUCUGUCAAGAGGCUGGUAUGCACGCCGUUCGUGAGAAUAGGUAUAUUGUUCUGCCCAAGGACUUUGAGAAGGGUUACAAAAACAACAUCAAGAAGGAUGAGAGUGAAUAUGAGUUCUACAAAUAA